UUGAGGGUUUUACCUACUAAGUAUAAAAAAGGUGAAAAGGCACUGUCAAAAUUCUUACUCGGGGGACAAAAUCUGGGGUUUUUUUUUUGAUAAUAUAAUAUAGUACAGUUUUUUUUUUUUUUAGAGAGAGAAAGGAGAGAGAGAUAAUGGGGAACUGUUUGUCGGAUGCUGAAGGUGGGAAGCAGGCUGUAGGAGGAGUGGGCCACCACAUGGACCCAACAGCAGCCGCCGUUAGUGGUGGCGGUGGGCCCAAUGAUGCUGUUGACUUGUUCUGUAGGACAAAGGGUCUUCACACCCUUUACACGCCUAUCGAGUUAUCAUUAUCAGCUUCAAAGCUUCGUGAUCUUGAUAUUGUUUCUAAGAGUGAUCCAAUGGCAGUGGUAUCUGUUAGAAAAAGAGAUGGGACACUGGAAGAGCUUGGUCGAACAGAAGUUAUAAUGAACAACUUGGACCCCGUAUGGAUACAGAAAAUUAAUAUCAUGUACCAGUUUGAGACUGUGCAGACACUGAUUUUCCAUGCCUAUGAUGUAGACACAAAAUAUCAUAACGUACCAGUUAAGGAUCUUAAAUUAAAGGACCAAGAUUUCCUUGGCGAAGGAAGCUGUGUUCUCUCAGACAUUGUAACCAAGCUCAACCGAAGGUUAACACUGAAUCUGCACAACGGGAAUGGCCAUGUCCUGAAAAACUUGGGGGAACUUACUCUUACUGUCCUUGCAGAAGAAACGGUCACUUCAAGAACUGCAGUAGAGAUGACAUUGCGAUGUACCAAUCUGGAAAACAAGGAUUUAUUCUCCAAAAGUGAUCCUUUCUUGAGAAUAUCUAGGAUUGUUGAAACUGGAGGUUCUGUUCCAAUUUGCAAGACAGAAGUCGUAAAUAAUAACUUGAACCCCAUAUGGAAGCCUGUUUGUCUAACUAUGCAACAAUUUCUGAAUAAGGAUAAUCCAUUAGUUAUAGACUGCUAUGACUUUAACAGCAGUGGCAAUCAUGUCCUCAUCGGGAAAUUACAGAAAACAAUGGCAGACCUUGAAAAUUUGCACAAGAGCAGAGUUGGUGCAAAUUUUAUCUCACCACCUUCUGGUUUUCGGGGUAAUGAAAAGGUCCUGAAAGGUCAGCUGUUUGUUGAAGGAUAUGCUGAGAAGCAGCUUUAUAGUUUUCUUGACUACAUUUCUACUGGAUUUGAGCUUAGCUUUAUGGUUGCUGUGGAUUUUACUGCUUCUAAUGGAAAUCCUUGGAGUCCUGAUUCCUUGCAUUAUAUUGAUCCUUCUGGCCGUUUGAAUGCUUACCAGAGGGCUAUUAUGGAGGUUGGAGAUGUCAUACAAUUCUAUGAUUCUGAAAAGCGCUUUCCUGCUUGGGGCUUUGGUGGCAAGGCAUAUAGUGAAACAGUAUCUCACUGUUUUAACUUAGCUGGAAGCCCGGGUGCCUUUGAGGUGGAAGGCGUGGGAGGUAUUAUGGCUGCUUAUGCAAGUGCUUUGCAGAAUUUUACUCUUUCUGGACCCACAUUGUUCGGGCAUGUAGUUAACAAAGCUGCAGAAAUUGCUGCCGAGUCUGUCAAAUACAACCAAAGCAAAUAUUUUGUCCUCCUCAUUAUAACGGAUGGUGUCAUUACCGAUAUGCAAAAAACAAAAGAUGCUCUGGUGAGGGCAUCUGACGUGCCACUUUCAGUUCUUAUUGUAGGAGUCGGCAGUGCAGAUUUUACACAGAUGGAGAUCCUUGAUGCUGAUAAUGGACAUCGAUUAGAGAGUUCCACAGGAAGGGUAGCUACACGAGAAGUACAUAAUGGGCAAAUUUCAGUUGUUCAAGCACUUCUAGGGGAGCUACCAGGGCAGUUUCUAACAUACAUGCGUUGUAGGGAUAUUAAACCUCACAACAUUGCUGCUGCACAGACAUUUGCGCCAGGACCGUCCUAUGCGGUUUGACUAGGAAGAAGAGCUUAGAGGCCAUCAAAGUCUUAAAAUGAUUGCAGAAGAAAGUGUCUGCUGGAAGGUUGAAGUCUUUGACUCUUUCUUGCUGCAGAACUCAUUUUAUAUUCUUCAAAAUUAGUUUUGCCAUUUCAUCCAUUCUUCUGAAUGUAAAUAGAGAGUAUUUUGAUUAUAGCGAAUUUAGCUCCUAGGCAUGGGUUGAUGAUUGAUUUACUUGUUUAUAGAACCUCGUAAGCACAAUCAAGAAUGGUUCAAUCAAUCAAAGGGUUUGGGAUGGUCUGGGAUGAAUUUCUAAUCUGUGCUACGACUAUAAGCUUUCAAUAGCGACACUAAUUACUCAACUAAUAUAUUGUGGCUUGCAAAAUCAUUUCAGUAAAUGACUCUCAUUUGAGUGGUGAAAUUGCAGUCCAGACAAACCAUAACCCCGUGAUAAACGGAUGGCCUGUGUGCUUCGUGUAACAAAUUAGCCAUAUGAACUUUUUGAAAUUAUUCAUACAUGCCAAUCUUUUUACGGAAAAGGGUAAAAAAUUCUCCUCUACUUUCAUUAUUAGCUAGUUUAUCCUACGUUACAAGUUGGGGCUAUUUAUACUCCUGCCGUUAUGAAAGUUAACAAAAAGACCCCUCAAUUUAACGGAUUCCUCCAAAAUCAACCUCAAUUCUCAAAUUUCACUUAAAAUUAUCAAUUUCCCUUUUAACUCGACCCGACUAACCUCCUAAAUAACCCAUUCUUCCUUCUCUCUUCUUCUUCUUCAUUUUUAGACACCCAGCCAAUCCUAAAAAUAGAGAAUGAGAUGACAGAAGUACAACUCUCCACUCUAAAGAAUAACAUUCAUACCUACUCAAGGAGGAAAUUGGAAUGGAUAGCACACAUGGUAAUGAAUGAACUUAAGGAUCGAGUCACUAAGGAGGAAACAUCUAA